AUAAGGACCUUUACACUUGUUAACGACUGGAUCUCACAAGCGGUUGGGGCGUGUUGUGGAAAAGUGUUGAUUCACUCAUCUAACAAGGUCGGUUGGAUUAGUUGUAGAAAUUUAGAUGAAUGUUUGUAGCAAUAAUUGUUUUUGCGAUCCUUAUAUCACUGUCCACUUCGUUGCAGGUUCUUUUAAAUUUAGCCCAACCCGUUGGACGCAGGGUGGGUUCUUUGAACGAAUUACUCUCACUGUCACCAUAUCUCGAUCAUGCCUCCAAAUUAAAGUCUUGAGCACCCAUGUACGUAAAGACAUAAGGAACCCUUUUUUUAAGUCACAUUUCUUGUUGUUUGGACGAGACUAUCCAAUUCAUACUCAGUCCUACUCAGACUACCUUAUCAGUAGAGUUAGAGUAGGUCUUGCCUCAGUGAUGGAUGCGAGGAAUGCUCGUAGCGUCGUUAAUCACUCGGGAAAGAGCAUAAAAGAAGGGGUCAAUAAACCUGAAUCGGAGAAGAGGGGUUGAUCCGACCAGACCCGAUCAUGUCUAAAAACAAGCGAGAAUUUGUUUGAGAUGUAGAGCACAUAUUGCAUAACUGGUCUUAUUCCAGCCAUUAGAUAGGAUUCAUAACAAGGCGUUAUGCAAUCCGAAAUUGACGCCCUAGUAUGCUGAUUAUAAUUCAAUAUUAUCGAAUGCAAAUUGCCCAAUAAGAUUUUUUAGCGAUGUGAAUGUUACUAUGGGGAAAUUAGUUGGCCUGCACCAUGCGAAAACGAUUAAAUUUGCUUAAGAGAUGGACGAAAAGUCUCUGGCACCCAGUUGCUAAAAUGUGAAAGAGAUUUAUCUUGUGUGAUCAUGUCCUUGUUUCUCUUGACCAUUCUGUUUUAUGAAGCAUUGUUAUUUUAUGGCUCGCGGGCAAAAUGACGCGAAUCCUGCGUUCUGAUUGGCGACCAAACUUUGCCAAUAUAAACCUAUCUUGCCGGCUCGUGAUUUCCUGUUUUAUCCCACAAGAAAACUUAUUUUUCUUACGAUAUAAUAAAUCCUUACUGACCAAGCUUGUUUGGUAAAAUGACUGGAUGUUGGCCUCCUCUUUUUUCCCGUUUUUGUGGACCUCUACCUCGUUCCGGUCCAUCAAACCGUGAAGGAACUAUGGCUUGGCCAAUAUCCCGGCCACUUGGCCUCACGCUUGGUCAAUAACGCGUACCGGUAUAUAUCACAUGUUGAUUUAGAACAGGUUUCUUAAUCUGUAACUGUUAUCAAGAGGCGGCGGUAUCACGGAUAGUGAAACAUUCCGUAUACCUUAUUAAAGGAAAUUAACGCCUCAUGAAAUUAACGCGAAUUUCCAAAAUUUUGCGUUAAUUUCCGUGCCUUUAAUUUCCAUGACCUUAAUUUCCAUGAUUUUGACUCCAAUUUUUUAAUAGCUUUUGACAUUCUUGACACCCUAAGAAAGGGGAGUAUUUUUAUCAGGGUGGAGAGAGAAACCGGUAAAACUUGAUGUGCCUGAUUUCUUCCCUUAAACCUUUCGUACCUUUAAGGAAAGAGCCAAGAACAAAGUAGCCAUUUCGGAUUUCAAGUUUAAGUCUAAUCAGGCUAUUGUUUCAACAAGUUUUGUUUCUUUGUAAACGUCGCGUUAAUUUCCUUCGUUUUGAAAUGUUACCCUCACUUUCGCGUUAAUUUCCUCUAUUCGAAAAUCGUUUUCCACUUAAUUUGCGUUAAUUUAAGUCGCGUUAAUUUCCAAUACCUUAAUUUCUGUGAACGUUAAUUUCCUAAGGCACAUUCCAGUUAUUGAUUAAGGAGGCGAUGUUUGUAAAGUAGGAGACACAUAUUCUAAAUUAACAGGUGAAACAUGUAAACCUGUCACUUUCUAUGUAGCUUAGUUUUUAUUUAUGCUGUUUCUUUUUCUCUGCUCAUUGUUCUUCUGUCACAUUUAGCUUUCAUUGAAAUCGUUGUAAUUAGCAUAUUCAAAUUGUAACUACUUGUACAACUUAGGGUGGCUCGAUACAGUUUUCAGGGUCAAUACCUCCCAAGUUUGAGCAUAAACUAGGUCGCAUAAAAUCUGGGAAGAAAUGCCACCACAAUUGUACUAGAUAAAGAUGAAAAUUUGUUACGAUCAGGGUUGUGAUGACAUCGGAGUUGUCAUAACAACGACAUGACGCCAUUACCUAUUUUACUUCCAGCAGUAUUUCUCGGCACUGGGAACUGUUCUUCUAAAAUCGGGAGCUUUUUCCUCCAAUAGCCGCCUCGAUGUUUGUGAAGUUUAAGCGAAAUCUGUAAGAGUGUUAACAAGAUAUUUUGGGAUGAAUGUUAAUGGUUAGAAAUACGGUAAAAAAUGGAUAGUCUUGAUGAAACCUUGCAGGACGCUGGGUGCAUUCUUUGAACGCAUUACUCUCAAUUUCGCCAUGUCUGGAUAAUCCAAAUCAAAGUCUUGAGCGCACAAGUACGUGACUAAGUAGCAUGACUGUCAGCCAUUAAGAACCUUUUUUUUUGUUCAGUCACAUUACAUAUUAUUUGGACCAGCCCAGCCCAUGCUCUCCUUACUCCUCUCAGUUCAGACUACCUUAUCAGUAUCAGUAUCUGACUCAGUGACGGAUGCGAGGGAUGCAAGUAGCGUCAUUAAUCAGUCGGUGAAGUACAUAAAAGACCAUAUACGUAGGUGUCAGUAAAACCUGGAUAGAAGUUGAGGGGUUGACCGGCCCGAUCAUAUCCGAAAACAAGCGAGAAUUUGUCUCAAAUGCCGAACAUAUAUUACAUAAUCGGUUUUAGUAAAAUCCAGCUAGUGAUCUAUUAUCAAUGCUGCGUUCUCAUUGGUUGAGCUACUACUAGGCUAUAUGUUAUAGCCCACUAGUAGCGAAAAGCGCGGGCUUUUUGGCGGCAAAAAAGGAUUAAAGUCUAGCUUUCUCUAGCUAACUUUUUUUUAUUCUCGAUAUUUUUGACCAACUAGUUGGAUUUUACUAAAACAAUUAUUCCUCUGGCCCUCAUGGCCUCUGAGUUAAUAGCCCAUUCGGGUUCGAGGAAUAAUUGUUAAAUAUUCCAGCCAUUAGAUAGGAUUCAUAACAAGGUGUUAUGCAAUCGGAAAUUGAUGUCUCAGUUUGCUGAUUACAAUUCAAUAUUAUCGGAUGCAAAUUGCCAAUAAGAUUUUUUUAGCGAUGUGAAUGUUACUAUGGGGAUAUUAGGUGGCUUCACCACGUGACAACAAAGAAUAGCUUUGAAUUCGUUUUCUGAUUACAUGGCACAAUUAAACAUGAAAAAAAAGUCUGGGUCGCCAUCAAUAAAUCUGAUGGCAUAGAAUCGAAUAGUUAAUAUUCGAAACAACACAUUGAUCUUGCUGCAUUGAAAUCCUAGUAAACGGACUAUAAGGGUUUUUGUUUGAUUAGGACAUUUUUGUUCCUUUUCGAAAUUUUUUGCAAGUUUACCAGUGGCCUGUGUACAGAGAAUUUUUGUUUAAUUUGAGGGAGGAUGGCGGCUAGUUUACAAGUCUCUGAUGAGUCCUUAUUGAAAUGAGUUUAGCCUGCGUACCAUGGCGGCUCGUUGUCGGGAGCCCGCCUUUAUUUUUUUUUGCGCGCCCAACCAAAACCGCCAUGGGUACGCAGGCUAAAUGAGUAUGGCCUAAGCUCUCUGGGGGUAGGAAACUUCUUAUUCUUCAAAAGUUGGCUCCUUCAUUAUUUCUCUUUUUACAGCAAGUAGAAAAGAUCGCGUUGUUUCUCUCUUCUUCAAAAACCAGAUUUUACCUUCGUUAGGUUUCCUAUAUAUACAUAUACACGCGUACGGCGGCUCGAGGUGACUUCCGGCUAACUUUUACACUGGAGCGGCAUUCAAGAUUAGAAAUACAAAUUAAAAUCUUCCUCCUCUAAUUUUGGAGCCAAACUUGGAAAGCCAUACCAUCCCACUUUAAACAACUUGAAUAAUGCAAUUUCAAAUCGUUUGCAUGAGAUCAUGAUUCUCAUGGAGAUCUCAAAGUCGACCCAUCAUAUCUUGAACUACUGUUCAGCGACUGAACACCUGUAAGUAAUACUUCGUUUCUUUUUUAUCUUUAUUUCCUCAAUAUACCGUAAAAUUCCGAAAUGAAGCCCUGGGGCUUAUAUUUUUCAAAGGCCCCUUUUGAGGGGCUUAUUUUUGGAGGGGCUUAUCUACGGAGGGAAAUUUGCGUUUCAAAAUCGAUUGGGCUAGCCUUAUAGUUGGAAUUAAAUUUACCAUCUUUGCUUUGUUUUACUUGGUAUUUGAGGGCAAUUUUCCAAGUGGAAGCCCCCAGGGGGCUUUUAUUUGGACGGGCGAUUUAACGGAGGGUUUUUUGCGUUACCGGUUUGGGGGGCUUAUAUUUGGAGGGGCUUAUACAUGGAGGGGCUUCUUUUCGGAAUUUUACGGGUAUAUAACUGAAUAUUUUACAUAUAUUUAUGAAUAUUUUGACAGUGAAUCGAUUAUCCAUAAUCAUUGGUGGUUUGUUAAAUAAUUUGGCUAACACGCAAGUCUUUCUUUCCUUUGUCUGUUUUUCCCUCACUACCCGCCUAGAUAAGCUUUGACUACAAGCCAUUUGCGCGUAGCAAAUUACGGAAUUUAAGUAAACUUAAGAGAUACAAAUAAAGUCGUUGAGUCAAACCUCUAUAAAGAAGUCACCCCCUCGAGAAAUACCCAGCAUGCCGGUUUUAGAGGUUGACUGCUUGAUAGAGUUCACUGACACAGUCAAAUCAUUACAGUGUGAACCUCUCGCAAACGACUACCUCGCUUAAGCGAACGCCACCACUUUUUGGAGCGACGGAUUUCAGAAUUUGCCUUUGUUUUAACCUCUUGUAAGCGACUAAUUGACGCAUGGCUUGUGAAUCUCUCUACUACUAUACUUAGAGCACAAGAAUAAUGAUGAUGAUGAUGAUGAUGAUGAUGAUGAUGAUGAUGAUACCUUUAUUUUAGUGUCACACUGUAGUAGUAGUGUAGAACCACUAAGAUGGAACACUAAAAUAAAUUAAAAAGAAUAAAUAAAUAACUAAAUUAAAGAUGAAAACCAGAAUGUUAAGAAAUAUAAGAAAUCAAGAAAAACUAUAGACAGUAAGAAAUUCGGGACAGAACUAUAUACAAUAUGUACAAAUGUAUCAUAAUCAUAUUAAAUUAAGAACUGCAAAGAGAGCAGUUUGAGCAAUUAUUGUCUCCUAAUAGCAUACUAAGAUCCACUUUUCUGAUGUGACAACAUGGAAGUACACAUAUCGUAGCAUACAAAUUCCAUGCAUUAAAUUCACUUCAAAGAAGUACAUGCCUUCAGACCUCUUCCCGGAAAAGACCCCCUGUGUUUCGAUUAUCGUGCGCGAUCGCCUCCCAUAAACAACCACCAGGAGCCAUAAUCGAGGGAGGAGACCGCAAGCGAGGGGUCCACUUCGUUCCAUUGCGCCACCCUCAACGUCACAAACUCGCGCGGGAACCCGCAAAUUUGCGCGGCUCUUGUGUGGAAUUUCAGGAACUGGGCGAUCGUCUUGCGACUUCAAUUGAGUCCUCUCUUAAUUUUCCAAGUGCUUACUAUCUCAUAAACAAGGCAUGCGCAGUGAAAGAAUGAGCCAAUAUUAUAUAAACAAUACUUGAAAUACGUUUUUCGCAAAAACCUCGAGAAGGCGGGGCACCCAACGACGUUUUCCUCCUAAAUACAUUGAAAAUACUCUCAAGGCUGUCUUUUAAGACUAUUAGAGGAGGUUUCGCUGGAUUCAGGACGAAACCGGAACAUUUUUGUACUGGCUUCGUUUUACCGUUUUAGACGUAGAUGCGUGUAUCCGAAAUAAAAACGUCACCUUUGGUCGCGUGUUCGGAGAUUUUAAAUCCGGAGACUUAAGUGAAUAUUUUGUAUCCGAUGAUGAAUGAUCUCGUAUUAACUGAUGUAUAUAACUCCUGCCAAUACGAAUACACUGAAUGUAAUUAAUACGGAAACAUUUAUGAAUCUCCUGUAAUGUAAAGUCUUAUUUCCAGUGACCACCUGACUGGCCUAACUUAUAUCCGAUCCUUUUCUUACAGGCAUCAAACCAUCACCAUGUCUCAAGCCAAAAAGACGACUGCGAAUUUUGAUGAAAUUUUAACUUCCAUCAGCGCGUUUGGUCGUUGGCAAGUAUUCCUUUAUGUUGUUACCUGUUCUCUGGUGAUUAUCCCUUCCACCUUGCAAGUCAUUGGGAUUGUGUUCUUUUCUGGAACGCCAAGAUUUCAUUGCGUGACACCUAACGUGACAUGUGAGGACAGCAAAUGUUGUCCUAAUUGCACUGAAUACGUCUUUGAUGGUCCUUUUACCAGCAGUGUCAGUGAGGUGAGAGACGUUUUCGUAAUAAAAAUUCAAUGAUGCUUGAUACAUGUGUGCUGAUGAUUAAUACCCUUGUUUAUGAUUUAUCGUUAAGCGAAAGUACAUUCAAUAAGGAUGCAGUGGGGAAUGAAGAUACAGAAUUAUUGACCUAGAUUCCCCUCGGUUUUUUUAAUUAAAUUUUCAACUGCCUCCUUCACAGGCUUCCCAAGGUUUAGUUGACGCGCGAGAGCGUGAAACAAGCGAGGUGUGAGAGAGGGGAACGAUGGGAACGAGUGUAGAGCGCAAGCAGGGAAUGAUGGGAAGGAAAAAGAGAGAAACAAAUGCUCGUGUCAGUGGUUAGUUUCCCUUCCCAUCUCUCCUUUUGCCCCCGCAUUCCUUAAUGAUUAUCCCCAAAAAAGUGAUCGUGUGCGACUGGGGACGAGGGAGAAUUUUCAAAGCUCCCCCCAUCAGUGUGGCUGGAAUUUCAUAGUCCCCCUUCCACCCUAUGGAGCGUUAAUAAUUGCCUUAAUAACACGAUGGCCACCACAAUUAUUGAAUUCCAGAUAAUCACAUUAUGCGUGUACCUUGAACUGGACUAAAAAUCAGUUUCUAAUCAAGUGCGGUUGUUUCCUGUUAACAGUGGAAUCUUAUUUGUGACCGAGCCUUUGCUGGGGCUAAUGUGCAGGCGGCCUAUUCAGCGGGAAUGCUUGUCGGAUCGCUGGUGUUUGGAGCAACUUCCGAUUUCUUCGGACGAAGAUUUUGUAUGUACCUAUGUGCUGUGUUUCUGGUAUGUUGAGAAGAAAAAAAAAACAAACAAAAGAAGAAGGGGCAUAUUUAAGGGGUAUUUCGGAGGGGGGUGGGGGAGGUGAUAAUUUUCCUAACGUAACAACUUGAAAAUAAAUCCUAUAUCCUCCCCGGGAUAAUCUUUUUGGCCCAGUAGAUAGAGACGGGGUUAGACAAGGUGGUUUCUCUAUCAAGAUCGAAGCUAAUUAUCAGAAUACUCUCCUUUAUACAUUUGGCUGCAGGCCCUUCUUCAAUUUGAAAGGACUUUGAAAUAAGCUCUCCUUAAGUAUUACUUAAUUUUAGCACUUCAGGUUUCCGGAAGUUAGUUGCACGCGCAAUUUUCUAUUAACAAAAAAAUCCCGGAUAGCCUUACAGUUACAGGUGGAAACGAGGCUGGCGUUUUCUUUGUUUUGAUACAACCAUUUCUAAUCUAUUAUGUAAAUCAUGUUUUCCUUAUGUUAACUAGUAUUUUUAGGCAAAAUUUACAUUUCAAAAAGGAGGCGGUUUGUAUCAAAACAAGCUCAACCUUAGCCUCACGUUCACUCAAAGGCUAGGACACUAAGCCCACAACUGUAAAAUGGGCCAUUGAUGAAAUUAGCUGCUGCAUGUGAUUUCAAUUGCUACUUUUAUAUUUUUUAUUUUGGGUCCCCAGUAAUUGGUUUUACCUGUUGCGGUGUCCCUAUCCAAAUUAUUUAACUUAUUAUUAGUGUAUUGUUACGUUCUUAUUACUAGUAUUUGCAUAUAUUCAGUUUUUUGUAUUCGUCAGGGCAAAGCUAAUAAAAUAAAUAAGAAAAUAAAUAAAUUAUGGCGCGCGCAUGCACAAAAUCUGACACUAAGAGACCCGUUAACUUGGUUUGCUUUUCUAUGCAUUUUAUUUUGGAAUUUUCAGGCCAUUUUCGGUCUUGGAUCAGCACUCGUCGACUGCCUGUCAUUCUUCGCCUUUCUCCGUUUCUUCGCAUCUGCCUUCGCCGUCGGAUUGUUCGUGGCUCAUUACAUAUUUGCUCUUGAACUUUUUGGCCCCACCUACAGGACCCGAGCUGACAAAUUACAGACCCCGUUUUGGACUAUUGGCGCUGGCCUGAUUGCAUUACUUGGCUACCUUAUUCCGGAUUGGAGGACUUUAUUGAUACUUUGCAGCUUCCCGCCCCUUCUUCUCUUCUCGAUUUAUAAGUAAGCUGUCUGACAUGUACAAAUAUAAAUACACUUAUCUAUAGCGAGGCGCUCUUAGGGGUCGUAUGUUUGUCUUUAGUCUGAAUUUCAAAACCAGCUGGGGGGUUUCCCUGAGGAAGCCAUGUCCCGUGCGGUAUUUUAUUAUUGUUUUUGCGAUUGACCUCGUUGCUGUCACAGUUUCAACCUAUUUCUUAUGUCGCUCUUUCAAGGCCAUUUCACUUGUCGGAAUUUUAUAAAAAAAGGUCAAGCUGUAAAAUAUGGUAAACAUCUCGAGAGAAACUAACCACUAACAUGAGCAAAUGUCUCCCUCUCUCAGUCUCUCUCUUUUAAACAUGGUCCUCUUUAAACUUUUAAAUAGGUCUAGUGGAUUUGUAUGAUUCUGAGGGACAAACCAUAAAUAACUUUUACUCCUAACAGUAUCCAUAGCCUGAAGUGCGUACAAUUACACAGUUGGUUUCAGUGCUCCAAUAAGUCCAUAUUAGUCGCACGCAAAAUAUUUUAGGAGUCACCCACGAUCCGUGAGCACGCACAGAAACUUAGUCGAGCCUUCACUAGCGGCCACCUUUUUUGUCCCGGUGGACAAAUAAUCCAUACAUUGACUCUUGCUUAAACCACAACGGUCACUUCUUUAAAACGGCCACUUUUUUCCGUGCCCACGAUGGCUGUUGUGGAGAGGUUCACUUAACCCUUUAAGCCCUAAGACUCAGUGAUCAACAUCAAAUUCUCCUUGUGAUAUCGAUGCUUUGUAAAACAGAGUGGUCAUGAGAAUUACUGACAUGAUCACACAAGAUGAUAUUACUUGAUAUUUUUAUCAACUUCUCCUCACUACUUCUACGGGAAAUGAAUAGAGACAACAAAUGAGAUUUCAAGUUGUUAUCUUAGGAUUUAAAGGGUUAAGGAAAGUAACGCAAUAGAAAUGUAAUCUGUACGAACUAAGUGAACACGUCAACUAAACAUAACAGAGGAGCAUCGCUUCCAACUAAAGAGAAGUAGUGUGUGACUGAUGGUAUCAAGAUGAUAUAAACCACACAUAUCAACAAAGGAUAAGAUGAGUUUUUUUGCUUCGACUGCUGAUCUUAACUUCCGUAUUAUAGCGUUUAUAUAUUUAUGAAUAAUUCCACCAUGACAUUUACUUAACGUGUUUAAAAGAGGAGACACGCAUGGAUUGAAGCCUCGCUCUUUAAGUCAGGAUAAAAUGUGACCGAGUCUUUCUAUUUAGUCUAACUCAUUAUAAUGGUUUGCCCUAUUAUGAAUUAGACGUGAUUAGCCCUCUUUGGUAGCAGAGUAUAUAAACUUCUUCCAGUUAUGAAAUCGUACCCGGAAUGAGCGAAGGCAAUCCAGUCUUCCUUUCCACAGUACCUUUAUUUCAAUCAGAUUUAGGAUAUAGCAAGGUCAAAUUUUCGAGUAACUUGUAAUUGGCCUAUGUAAUAUACGGUCAAAAUAUCGUUAUUACUCUCUUACUAUAAGUACUAUAAACAACUGGAUAUCUUCCACAGGGUCUUUCCUGAAUCUGCACGAUGGUUAGCUGCUAAAGGUCAUCUGGUUCAGGCGCAUGCAGUUUUGAUGAAGUACGCUAGCAAGAGUUCGUUGUCCGUGGACUCAGAUUCCAUAAUGACAAAACUUACAGAAUAUCACCAGAGUGAGGUGGAAUCCAAAGCUGACAGCUCCAGUAGGAGGUCAUUCUUGGAUCUGAUUCGGAGUCCGCGCUUGCGCAAACGAACCGUCAUUCUAUGCUUUAACUGGUAAGUUCAAAAUUGCAUAGUGUCUCUGAUAUAUCUUGAAUCCGAUUAAGUGAUGAUUCCAAUGCGGUUCUCUAAUCAAUAGGGACUUUAAGAAUGGACUGAGAAUGCGAGAUUGAGACAUUGAGUACGAGUAUAAGUACCAUUUUUCAAAGCAGAUUCGCGUGACUCACAUAAUAGCUCAUCACACACCAAUCUUAUCCGUUUUAUUAUAUGCUAAUCAGCAACAGUAGAAAGUUAUAGUUAGGGCAAUUCAUAUGCAAUCAGUUUGAAGUUCGCUAUUGCUUUGUGCACUAUUAGGGAAACAAGAUAUUCAUAUUCUAUAAAAACAGAAGUUGUUGUAAGUAAUACGUGUUUGUCUGCAUUUCACAUAGGAUGGUUAUCAGCAUGGUUUAUUAUGGUUUCUUGCUGUACAUAAGCCGCUUGUCUGGCAGUCCCUACUUGAACUUGUUCCUGAUGUACCUCUCGGACAUUCCAACCCAUCUCAUCUGCUGGGUUCUUCUUCAAAAGUAAGUUGCUUAAUCGCGAAAAUAAGUGCGUAAGUCACGAAACUGUUUACAUGGCAACCUAUCUGCUUUCUCGUUCUCUGAUCGAUCAUUCGAUCGAUCAUUCAUUCAUCGAUCAAAAAUUCGCCUAUUUAUUUAAAGUUUCUCAGCGUUUUCUUUCGUUUAUAUUCACUUUUUUAAUUUUCCCUUUAACUACUUGUUUUCUUCCUUGAUUUCUCGCUUCCUUGGUCACUUCUUUUCUGUGACCCUUACUCUCCCUUCCUUUUUAAUUCUUUCAUUUGUUUUCUCCUUUUCCAUUAUAUAUGUCGUUCAUUUGUUUUCUCUUUUGCUCACUUCUUUCUUUCUUUUCUUCGAAUGAUAUUUUUUUAUCUCUUGAUUCAUUCAUCCUUCAACUAUCCAUCUCUCGCUAGUUAAAAAAUUCUUACAUCCUUUCAUCGUUUAACAGUAAAUAAUGCAAUGAUUGUUCCUCAAAAGCCCCUUUCGUGAGGUAGGCAGGUAAUACUUUUUUGAAAAAAGAUUCAAAUUACAGGAGAAACACGCUCAGUAGCCCCAACAAAACUCGGCUGGUUUCCAUGGAGGCUGUGUUGAGACAUAAAAAUCGUAUAUUAAAUUAAUAAGCUAUUACUAAAAUUUCUUAUACUACUACUACUAUUGCUAUUAAAAGGUUAACUACUAUUAAGAUACACAGCUUGGCAAGACCCAACUAUAAUCUAAUAAGUUUCUAAAGUGAGGAGAAUGACUCGGCGAGUUUUUCUUCAUUCGAGAGCUCGUUCCAAAGCAUAGCCCCGCUAAAAUUAGAUCCAGCAACCUACCGAUCCAGCGAUCCAGCGAUAUACAGAGACCUACAGAUCCAGCGAUCUAUAGAUCCAGCGAUUUAUCGAUCCAGCGCUCUACAGAUCCAGCGAUCUACAGAUCCAGCGAUUUACCGAUCCAGUGAUCUAUAGAUCCAUCGAUCUACCGAUCCAGCCAUCUACCAAUCCAGCGAUUUACAGAUCCAGCGAUCUAUAGAUCCAUCGAUCUACCGAUCCAGCGAUCUAACCAUCCAGGAAUCUACCGAUCCAGCGAUCUACAGAUCCAGCGAUCUACAGAUCCAGCGAUCUAUAGGUCCAGCGAUUUAUCAAUCCAGCGAUCUACAGACCCAUUAAUCUGCAGAUCCAGUAAUCUACCGAUCCAUCUAUCUACAGACCCAGCGAUCUACAGCUCCAUCGAUUUACAGAUCCAGCGAUCUACCGAUCCAUCGAUCUACAGAUCCAGCGAUCUACCGAUCCAGCGAUCUACAGAUCCAGCGAUCUACCGAUCCAGCUACGUAUACAUCCAUCGAUCUACCGAUCCCGCGAUAUAGAGAUCCAUCGAUCUACAGAUCCAGCGAUUUACCGAUCCAACGAUCUACAGAUCGAGUGAUCUACCGAUCCAGCGAUCUAGAAAUCCAGCGAUUUACAGAUCGAGCGAUCUACAGAUCCAGCGAUCUACCGAUCCAGCGAUCUAUAGAUCCAUCGAUCUACCGAUCCAGCGAUCUACAGGUCCAGAGAUCUACCGAUCCAGCGAUCUAUAGAUCCAUGGAACUACCGAUCCAGCGAUCUACAGAUCCAGCGAUCUACCGAUCCAGGAAUCUACCGAUCUAGCGAUCUACAGAUCUAGGGAUCUACCGAUAAAGCGAUCUACCGAUCCAGCGAUCUACAGAUCCAGCGAUCUCCCGAUCCAGCUAUCUAUACAUCCAGCGAUCUACCGAUCCAGCAAUCUAUAGAUCCAUCGUUCUACAGAUCCAGCGAUCUACCGAUCCAGCGAUCUAAAGGUGCAGCAAUCUACAGAUCCAGCGAUUUACCGAUCCAGCGAUCUACAGAUCCAGCGAUCUACCGAUCCAACGAUCUACCGAUUCAGGAAUCUACUGAUCCAGCGAUCUACAGCUCCAGCGAUCUAUAGAUCCAUGGAUAUACCGAUCUAGCGAUCUACAGAUCCAGCGAUCUACCGAUCCAGCGAUCUACCGAUUCAGGAAUCUACCGAUCCAGCGAUCUACAGAUCCAACGAUCUACCGAUCCAGCUAUCUAUAGAUCCAGCGAUCUACCGAUCCAGCGAUCUAUAGAUCCAUUGAUGUACAGAUCCAGCGAUCUAUCGAUCCAGCUAUCUAUACAUCCAUCGAUCUACCGAUCCAGCGUUCUAUAGAUCUAUCGAUCUACCGAUCCAGCGAUUUACGGAUCCAGCGAUCUACAGAUCCAGCGAUCUAUAGAUCCAUCGAUCUACCGAUCCAGCAAUCUACAGGUCCAGAGAUCUACCGAUCCAGCGAUCUACCGAUCCAGCUAUCUAUAGAUCAAGCGAUCUACAGAUCCAACGAUCUACCGAUCCAGUUAUCUAUAGAUCCAUCGAUCUACCGUUCCAGCGAUCUAUAGAUCCAUUAAUCUACAGAUCCAGCGAUCUACCAAUCCAAGUGUAAUCCGAGUGUAAUAGGUUACUAGAUUAGAAGUCAUCUCAUAUUAGUAGGUUAAGUAACGAGAAUUUCAAAAUAUAAUUUAAGGGGCGGGUAUCACUUGGAUACCCACAUGUCCCCGAGUGUAAUAGGUUACUAGAUUGUAAAUAAUAAAAAUGGUAGAAUAUAUAUAGAGAGAGUCAAUAUAUAUAUAAAGACGUUCCCAGCAAUCUCCUCUUACCAUGACGAUAUUGCUGUGUUAUCAUUUGAGUUUUUAGCGGAGCUCCUUGCGCGCGCGAAGCGCGCGCGAGCGGAGCACCAUGACUAAGAUAAACUACCCAUCCGAGAAAUUUUGGUUAUGACGUCAGCGUACGUCCGUCCGUACGGACUUUCCGGGUAGUGGAAAGUAGUCCGCAUGGACUCUUGGAGUAGGGGAAAGUAGAGAUUUUUUGGCGGGAAAUCGCAUGGCGCAACGUCGCGCAAUUAUAUCGCGCAACUGGUUUUGAAAAAAGAAAUUUCAAAGCAACUUAGCAAAAAGAUUUUUCGACAGAGCCUUUAUAACUUUUUAUUACAACUUACGAAAGCUAUUAUGUCAACAAACAACAACAGCAGAGAGAUUUUAGCGUGUAGAUGACAGGUUUUAAGCAGAGAGCAAAGAGAAGGUGAACGGCAGAGAGCAAGAGUCAACACGCAUAGAACAAGCGAAGACGAUCGCCAAAGAGAGCGCGUUAGAAGUAGAAGAAGAAGACAACAUUUUAGCGAAGAAAGUCGGCAAGUAGAGAGAGUCAGAGCGAGAAGAAGGAGAGAAAAUUAUAGUGAAAAACGCCGGCAAGCAGAACGAGACAGGGCAAGAAUGAACAGACAAAGGCAACGCGAAAGAGAAAUACAAAUGCAAAGAGAACGGCAGCAACAUAAUGACAUGAUGACAGAAAGUGUUGUGUUAAUGUCACUAUGGCCCCGUGUUAUUAAAAUUUUGAUUUCAAACUGAUCUCGGACGCGAAAAUUCAGCCAAUCAUUUAAAAAUACAAGCAGGGAAGACAGAGGCUUUUCACUUUUCUCACCAUAGUCACGCGUUGAUCACGCUCUACGACCGUCCAAUUUUUAUGCUCUGAUUGGUCAAAAUUUGACAGGUGGAGUUCAUGCAGAAAAUUUAUACAGCAUCUUGAACCUUGUUUACUUUGAUAGCUGAAGCUGACAGAGUAUUUUGUCAACUUGUGAUGUUUUUUACUGUCUUUUCCCACUGGAUGCUUAAAAUGAAAUACAGCUGCUAUCAACAGUCUUCUUUGAUUCAUGGCUGGUUUGUUUACUGAAUUUUUGGUUGGGAAAUGCGCCGGUUGUCAAAGUUGGAAAUCCGAUUUCGGAUGCAUCGCUUUCGUUUUUACCUUGCUGGAUGCGGGGUUGAAAAGUCCCUCAAGCGAUUCUGGCCUUACUUUAUAGCUUUCAAGAGCUGCAUCUCGAAUGGUAAGCCUGAGUAAUUAUUGUAUACGGUGUAUGUUUGUUUUUUUAUAUCUAAUUUCAUGAAGUCGAGCGCAGUUUAUGAGGCUAAUUUAUGCACGUUUGUAUUAAGAUCUGAGACAAUGAUCUGAUCUAGUAUAUAUAAGCUUACAGAGCUUUAAAAAGCCUUUAGUCGAUAUUUUCUCUCCGCAUAUAAAAUGAAAAAACGUUCCGAAGAGUAUUUAGUUAUAAAAUAAUUUUGGCUGUAGAAAGAAAGCUUUGAGCGAUUUUCUUGCCUUGAGUUCACCUCUGAAAACAGUAAACACCAGGAAGCCGGCUAAAAACUUUAGGCUUAUUAAGCGUAAAGACUUAGGAUUUUUAGAGACGCUUUAAUACCUUUCUUCGUGAAUGAAAAUUGAUGUCUCUGUAAAUUUUUCACUGAAUUACAUUUCUUUUAUUGAUUGUUAGUAGUAUCUUGCAAUUUUAAUCGCUUUGCUGUUUGUUUUCAGUCGUUCAUAGACAACGCUUGCAGGAGUACUCAAAAUGCCGCGCGUUUGCACAUCGUUAUAAAACCAUUAAGUAAAAAAAAUAAACAAUAAAUUCUUUAUUAUGUUGAAGCGUAACUCUUUCAAUGUUCACUGAAAAUUUGGCGCUUGUCAAAAGUGACAACCGGCUGGCCGUAUAGGUGAUUUUGGAAAUUUUUUGAACGGUUUUGCUAAAAGCCCACGCGUACUUCGUACGGUUCUGAAUAUUGAAUGAGUGCAAUUUGUCUUGAAAAAUUGUGAAAUACUGCAUUUUGUCUGAGGUCUGUAUGAUAAAAACAGCGCCUCAUAUUACUGUUUCACCUCAGAUGUGAUGCAUAAAAAGUAUGAAAUGUUGGUUUACACGCUCCCAGAGUUGUGGCAAGAUUUUGUUAAGUAAACUUGUCGAACGCAAAAAAUUCGGCCUGAUUUGUUUUUUCCAUGAAUUCGUUUUCCAGGCCUAAUCUACUGUGAUCAAGAGCUAUUAUGGCUCUUAAAUGUGAUCGACGAUGAUUGCUAUUUUUUGGGUGUAUAUAUACCGGCUAUCAAUUAGAUGAAGGAUUUUUUUUCACUCUAAAAUCACUUAGCCUUAGCUUUCCCUAAAAAGUCACAUAUGUGCCCUUAAGUUAACUGAUUUGUGGAUUACAAGUUUAUUGUUUGAUUUAAAUCAUAAAUUUAUUAAUGGGAGCUUCGCUUUUAGCCCUGGCUAAAUCUAUAUAUUACUUUUUGUCUUAGCCUGCGCCUACUGUAGUCUUAAUCUUCGACGUCAUAAUCACAUGAAUUGUUGUAGCACGUGCUAACAAGAUGGCGGCAUUUUGACACUUUUACCGCGUGAGUUGUGUUUGUUGUGGAACUCCUUUUUUACUUGGCCUGAACUCGGCAAAAGGUAAAAUUAAACUUGUUUUAGUUCAAUACUUAUCGAUCUUCAAUCGCAACUCUGUAGGCGAAACGACUUUGAUCGUGUAGGCGGAUCGAUCUGAGUGUGAAGAAAGAUCGGUUGUUGACACGCCUCAACUCGGCAAAAGGUAAAAUUAAACUUGUUUUAGUUUAAUACUUAUCGAUCUUCAAUCGCAACUCUGUAGGCGAAACGACUUUGAUCGUGUAGGCGAAUCGACCUACGUGUAGGCGAAACGACUUGUAGGCGAAACGACUUGUAGGCGAAACGACCGACUCCAUCGAUCUACCGAUCCAGCGUUCUAUAGAUCUAUCGAUCUACGGAUCCAGCGAUUUGCAGAUCUAGUGAUCUACAGAUCCAGCGAUCUACCGAUCCAGCGAUCUAUAGAUCCAUCGAUCUACCGGUCCAGCGAUUUGCAGAUCUAGCAAUCUACAGAUCCAGCGAUCUACCGAUCCAGCGAUCUAUAGAUCCAUCGAUCUACCGAUCCAGCGAUCUACAGCUCCGGAGAUCUACCGAUCCAGCGAUCUAUAGAUCCAUCGAUCUACCGAUCCAGCGAUCUAGAAAUCCAGAGAUUUACAGAUCCAGCGAUCUACAGAUCCAGCGAUCUACCGCUCCAGCGAUCUAUAGAUUCAUCAAUCUACCGAUCCAGCGAUCUACAGGUCCAGAGAUCUACCGAUCCAGCGAUCUAUAGAUCCAUCGAAAUACCGAUCCAGCGAUCUACAGAUCCAGCGAUCUAUAGAUUCAUCAAUCUACCGAUCCAGCGAUCAACAGAUCCGGCAAUGUACAGAUUCAGAGAUCUACCGAUAAAGCGAUCUACCGAUCCAGCGAUCUACAGAUCCAUUGAUCAAGCUCUCCAGCGAUCUACAGAUCCAGCGAUCUACAGAUCCAGCAAUCUACACAUCCAGCGAUUUACCGAUCCAGCUAUCUAUACAUCCAGCGAUCUACCGAUCCAGCAAUCUAUAGAUCCAUCGUUCUACAGACCCAGCGAUCUAUCGAUCCAGCGAUCUACAGGUGCAGUGAUCUACAGAUCCAGCGAUCUACCCAUCCAGCGAUCUAUAGAUCCAUCGAUUUACCGAUCCACCGAUUUACCGAUCCAGCGACCUAUAGAUCCAUCGAUCUACAGAUCCAGCGAUCUACCGAUCCAGCGAUCUAUAGAUCCAUCGAUCUACCGAUCCAGCGACCUACAAAUCCAGCGAUUUACAGAUCCAGCGGUCUACAGAUCAAGCGAUCUACCGAUCCAGCGAUCUACACGUCCAGAGAUCUACCGAUCCAGCGAUCUACAGAUCCAGCGAUCUACCGAUCCAGCGAUCUAUAGAUCCAUCGAUCUACCGAUCCAGCGAUCUAGAAAUCCAGCGAUUUACAGAUCCAGCGAUCUACAGAUCCAGCGAUCUACCGAUAAAGCGAUCUAUAGAUCCAUCGAUCUACCGAUCCAGCGAUCUACGGGUCCAGAGAUCUACCGAUCCAGCGAUCUAUAGAUCCAUGGAACUACCGAUCCAGCGGUCUACAGAUCCAGCGAUCUACCGAUCCAGGAAUCUACCGAUCUAGCGAUCUACAGAUCUAGGGAUCUACCGAUAAAGCGAUCUACCGAUCCAGCGAUCUACAGAUCCAGCGAUCUACCGAUCCAGCGAUCUAUAGAUCCAUCGAUCUACCGAUCCAGCGAUCUAGAGAUCCAGCGAUUUACAGAUCGAGCGAUCUACAGAUCCAGCGAUCUACCGAUAAAGCGAUCUAUAGAUCCAUCGAUCUACCGAUCCAGCGAUCUACAGGUCCAGAGAUCUACCGAUCCAGCGAUCUAUAGAUCCAUCGAACCACCGAUAUAGCUAUCUACAGAUCCAGCGAUCUACCGAUCCAGCGAUCUACCGAUCCAGGAAUCUACCGAUCUAGCGAUCUACAGAUCUAGGGAUCUACCGAUAAAGCGAUCUACCGAUCCAGCGAUCUACAGAUCCAGCGAUCUCCCGAUCCAGCGAUCUACAGAUCCAGCGAUCUACCGAUCCAGCUAUCUAUACAUCCAGCGAUCUACCGAUCCAGCAAUCUAUAGAUCCAUCGUUCUACAGAUCCAGCGAUCUACCGAUCCAGCGAUCUAAAGGUGCAGCAAUCUACAGAUCCAGCGAUCUACCGAUCCAGCGAUCUACAGAUCCAGCGAUCUACCGAUCCAGCGAUCUAUAGAUCCAUCGAUCUACCGAUCCAGCGAUCUACAGGUCCAGAGAUCUACCGAUCCAGCGAUCUACAAAUCGACCGAUUUACAGAUCCAGCGAUCUACAGAUCCAGCGAUCUACCGAUCCAGCGAUCUAUAGAUCCAUCGAUCUACCGAUCCAGCGAUCUACAGGUCCAAAGAUAUACCGAUCCAGCGAUCUAUAGAUCCAUCGAACCAGCGAUAUAGCUAUCUACAGAUCCAGCGAUCUACCGAUCCAGUAACCUACCGAUCUAGCCAAAUGCAGAUCUAGGGAUCUACCGAUAAAGCGAUCUACCGAUCCAUCGAUCUACAGAUCCAGCGAUCUACAGAUUUAGAGAUCUACCGAUAAAGCGAGCUACCGAUCCAGCGAUCUACAGAUCCAUUGAUCUCCAGAUCCAGCGAUCUACAGAUCCAGCAACCUACCGAUCCAGCGAUCCAGCGAUUUAGCGAUAUACAGAUCUAUAGAUCUACAGAUCCAGCGAUCUAUAGGUCCAGCGAUUUAUGGAUCUAGCGAUCUACAGACCCAUCGAUCUGCAGAUCGAGUGAUCUACCGAUCCAUCUAUGUACAGACCCACCGAUCUACAGCUCCAUCGAUCUACCGAUCCAGCGACCUAUAGAUCCAUCGAUCUCCUGUUCCAGCGAUCUACAUAUUCAGCGAUCUACCGGUCCAGCGAUCUGUAGAUCCAUGGAUCUACCGAUACAGCGAUCUACAGAUCCAGCGAUCUACCGAUCCAACGAUCUACCGAUUCUGGAAUCUACUGAUCCAGCGAUCUACAGCUCCAGCGAUCCUUAGAUCCAUCGAUAUACCGAUCUAGCGAUCUACAGAUCCAGCGAUCUACCGAUAUAGCGAUCUACAGAUCUAGGGAUCUACAGAUUCAGAGAUCUACCGAUAAAGCGAUCUACCGAUCCAGCGAUCUACAGAUCCAUUGAUCUCCAGAUCCAGCGAUCUACAGAUCCAGCAACCUACCGAUCCAGCGAUCCAGCGAUUUAGCGAUAUACAGAUCCAUAGAUGUACAGAUCCAGCGAUCUAUAGGUCCAGCGAUUUAUCGAUCCAUCGAUCUGCAGAUCCAGUGAUCUACCGAUCCAUCUAUGUACAGACCCAGCGAUCUACAGCUCCAUUGAUUUACAGAUCCAGCGAUCUACAGAUCUAGCGAUCUACCGAUCUAUCGAUCUACAGAUCCAGCGAUCUACCGAUCCAGCUACUUAUACAUUCAUCGAUCUACCGAUUCAGCGAUAUAAAGAUCCAUCGAUCUACAGAUCCAGCGAUCUACAGAUCCAGCGAUCUACCGAUCCAGCGAUCUACUGAUUCAGCGAUCUAUAGAUGCAUUGAUCUACCUAUCCAGCGAUCUUCAGAUCCAGCGAUCUACCGAUCGAGCUAUCUAUACAUCCAGCGAUCUACCGAUCUAGCAAUCUAUAGAUCCAUCGUUCUACAGAUCCAGCGAUCUACCGAUCCAGCGAUCUACAGAUUCAGCGAUUUACCGAUCCAGCGAUCUACAGAUCCAGCGAUCUAUAGAUCUAUCGAUCUUCCGAUCCAGCGAUCUACAGAUCCAGGGAUCUACCGAUCCAGGAAUCUACCGAUCUAGCGAUUUACAGAUCUAGGGAUCUACCGAUAAAGCGAUCUACCGAUCCAGCGAUCUACAGAUCCAGCGAUCUACAGAUUCAGAGAUCUACCGAUAAAGCGAUCUACCGAUCCAGCGAUCUACAGAUCCAUUGAUCUCCAGAUCCAGCGAUCUACAGAUCCAGCAACUUACCGAUCUAGCGAUCCAGCGAUUUACGGAUAUACAGAUCCAUAGAUCUACAGAUCCAGCGAUCUAUAGGUCCAGCAAUUUAUCGAUCCAGCGAUCUACAGACCCAUCGAUCUGCAGAUCCAGUGAUCUACCGAUCCAUCUUUGUACAGACCCAGCGAUCCACAGCUCCAUCGAUUUACAGAUCCAGCGAUCUACAGAUCUAGCGAUCUACCGAUCCAACGAUCUACAGAUCCAACGAUCUACAAAUCCAUCGAUCUACCGAUUUAGCGAUCUACACAUCCAGCCAUCUACCGAUCCAGCGAUCUAUAGAUCCAUCGAUCUACAGAUCCAGCGAUCUACCGAGUCUUUUUAGAGACUCUCUUGUCGGUUUAGGAAGGGUCAGAUCAGUAGCCGUGUUACGUAGAUAGAGGCAAUAAAGAAUUUAUGUAUGUAUGUACUGUUCUAAUAUUAUUGCAUGAAUACAGAUUUGGCCGCCGCAUGUCCCAUUCAGCAAUGAUGAUAGCAGGUGGCGUUACUCUCUUACUGGUCCUGGCUGUUCCCAAAGGUAAAUCAUAGUUCUUAAUUAAACUGUUUAGACUUCUCUAGACUUAUGCACGCUGAUCAAACAGAAACAAAUAAAGCAAAAGGUAAUAUGCGAAGAGGAAAACAAUAACCUGAUUAUGAACUUAAGUUAAUUAUUCAUUAUGCUAAUAAACCCGUGAAUUGCUACCGUAAUGCCGACGGAGAAGAACAUAUGAACAAUAUGUCAAGAGGAAAGCUACAAUCUAAACUAAAAACUAAUUUUACAUUUUAUUAAUCAGUGCAUCAACGUCAACAUAGGAGUCUUCAGAUUCUAGAAUUUUGAACAGUUUUUCUUUAAUAGAUUUUUUAAAAGAGUUUUCGGGUAAGCAUUUAGGAUUAGUUGGUAUCUCAUUCCAGAUUUUAAAGGCCCGUGCAAACGGACGCAACAUUGUCCGCCAACAACUCCCAACAUUGUUGGAUGUUACAUGUUGCGUCCGUUUGCACAUCCUGUUGCAUGUUGUUGGAUGUUGUUGCGUGUUGUUGCGCAAAGUUUGAUACCGGUCAAACUCUUCAGCCAACAACUCCCAACAUUUCUUUUGUUCCGUGAUUGCCGAAACUUAGCGCAACAAUGUUGGAUCCGUUUGCACAGCUCUUCCAACAUUGUUGGGGCCGCGCACGCUCAUUGCGCAUCGUUUACAAAGACUAAUGGGUUGUAUCCCUCCCACGAUGCACUGCAGGUCCCAACAUAGAGCGCCCAGAGCUUGUAACCAAUCUCCCUAGAGUAUCUGAAUUGGGGAAUACUCAACACCUUUUCAAAUUUAGGCUUAGAGGACCGAGAGUGUGAUAUGGCCAACGCAAAUCACGAGUAUGCAAAGACAGUUAGGGAGACUUCUCUAGUUCAGUAAUUUCGUAACGUUUUCUCUAGUAAAUCUAAUCGGUUUUGUUAACGAAUGUCUCUACUAAUCUAUGAAGAAAGCAUACAAGAAGAAGAACUGUAAUGUUAAACUGAAAUUCUCCUCGAAGGAUGUUAAUUUGACUAUUUUUUCCUGCUAAUAGAUCAGAAGGGCGCUAUUACUGCUUUAGCUUUCAUCGGUCGUUUCAUGGCCAGCGGCUCAUUUGCAAAUAUCUACCUGUAUUCCAGUGAGCUGUACCCUACAGAACUGAGGUAAUUUAUAGUGCGAAUUGCCAAUUUGUCGUUUUAAUUUUUAUUUGAAGGAUAUGUAAUUUUAUUUAUAAUCAAAAAAUUUCAUGAACAGUUCAUUUUUAUUAGGAAUCAAGGUAUUGGUGUAUGUUCAACAAGUGCUCGUGUGGGAUCCAUUAUCGCUCCCUACAUAGUCAUGUUGGUAAGGUCAUUUUUUGUCUUAAAAUAAUCCUUUUUAUAGAAUGUAAUGCAGGCGUAUAUUUCGGUCCAGCAAAAGCUGCUCGUCUACGUUCGUAAUGCCGCUUGUGGACACCAUCUAUGAUUUUAUCUCAGAGGAAGAUUGGGGAGAGUAGAAAACGCAACCCAUAGGAUAGGGGCGUUUUCCUCUCUUUCCCCUCUCCUUCCCACCGCUACCCCCCGCUGGUUUCCCUCCCACUUUAACUCGUCUUAGCUUCUCGACUUCUUAAAAUUCAACAAAGCGAUCACUCGAGUAAAAGUAUUCGCGCACCUGACAGAGAAACGUCUUUUUUUUGCCAGUUGAGAAACAGAUUCUGUGGUGAAAGCUAAAGCAUUUAAAUUUUUUAGCUUAAUUGUGGCCUAAGAUAAACUCAGUAAUUUCCCUUUAAAAUGCAGGCGCAGUUACCAGGACUGAGCGCGACUCUUCCCAUGGUUAUUUUCGGCUGCCUGACGGUAGCCGCUGGUUUGGUAGCGCUGUUUCUUCCCGAGACUCUUUUAUGCCAAACAUAUCAGACAGUGGAGGACAUCAAUCAGGACAAAGAAUUCUACGGUAUAAUUUGUAUGGAAAAACCACGCCCCUGCCCAUUGCACUGCUUCAGGUACGAUUUACUUGUCUCCGGAAUAUCUCUAUAGAAAUCAAGGAUGUUGAGCAUGGAUUGCAAAACAAACCAUUUUUUAAUUUAGCGCCAUCAACCUUGAGGUUGACUUGAGGUUUGCUUAAGGCUAACAACAACAACAUAAGCUUUAUUUGCAUGACUAUAUGAAGUUACAGUAUUGCAAAAGCUUCCUAAAAUAAAGUCAAAAUUUAUACUAAUGAUAUUACAAUGCAAUGAUUGCAAUGGUCAAUCAAGUGUCAUCAGUAUGAUUUGAUAACAAAUUACAACUUAAAUCAUUACGUAUCAUGGGACAAAUUUCAACAAAUGUGAAUUUACAGAAAAAUUAUGUGAAUUCAUCAAUUUAAUAAUUAAUUCUGUGCAAGACAGCAGAUUAAAAUCUCAAAAUUUUGUUGGAUUUGAGCAAUGCAAUAGAAAAUGAAAUUCGUCUUCAAUUAUACCAGAGUUACAAACAGGGCAAAAUCUAUCGUUGUGGGGAGUUUGAAUAUAUCUUCCAGUUUCAAUCAUGAAUUUGUGGUUACUUAUACGAAUUCUCACUAAGUCUUUCCUAUUGGUUAAAAUGAUGAGCACACACCUAUACACCUAGGACACCUAGAGAUAGAUACCUGGUGGACGUGUAUCGCGUCGCAGUGAAACUCUCACGCAAUUCCAGAAACAAAAUUAAAGGAUACAGGCCUGGAAUAACUCACUGAAAUUACGUCUUUUCUUCUAGGUCUAAGGAAGCAGACAAAGCGCAGUCACCAUCUGCUGAAACACAGUUACUGUAA